UGGGACGUCCCGAGGCGAGCGAGUGGAGCGGCCUGUGGAACAGCCGGUGAACGAAUACAUCAUCUCAUAUUAUUUGUACAAUAAACUAACAAUAUGGACAAGCAGGAUAAUUUAGAAGAAAUAGUUGAUAAACAUUAUAAAAGAUUACAUCAACUUAAUACAACCACAAUAUUUAUAAAAGGUAAACACAAUCUAAAGGAUGAUCUUUAUAAAAUGCGUAAUGAAGUAUUGCAAAUCUCAUGUGGCAUUGAUAAUACUAGGAAAAUUUUGGAGCAAAUGAAGAAACAGAAUACAGAUUUAAAAGAAUUAUUGUCGUUGAUUGAAAUUUUGAAUAAAAGAAUUUUACACCAGAAAGAAAAUGUUCCACAGGAACUUAUACAAGGUUAUCAGAAUGCUGAUAAGCUAAAAUGCAUUCAAAAUCAAAUCUCUCCUGUUAUAACAAAAAGUAUAACAAAAACUAUAAAUUCAGCACAUAAAUUGAUAGAGCAAAAUAUAUCUGCAAAUAUGUACAAUAGUGGUAUUGAACAAGAAAUAAUAAAAGACUGUAAAAGAACACUCUUCAAUGAACUGGAAGUAUACCCAACAAUACUAUUUAUCAGCACAGAAGAAUUUAAUAACGUGCCUAAAUAUAUGAUUGGGAGACAAACUUUGGAGACAAUUAAUAGUUUGAUAACUGAUAUAAAUAAUACACUAAUUACAAAGUAUACAAUCUUAUCAUUGGGAAAGGCCGCUGCCCAAAAGAGAGGGGAAAUUAAUCUAUAUCUACAAUAUAAAAAACAAGAGUUUGAUAUUAAAAAAGAAAAAGGAUAUUUAUAUUUCUUCACAGCUGAAGAUUAUUAUAGACACACCAAGAAAAAAAUGGACAAGACUAAAUUAAAUUUAAUAAUUGUAUUGCGUCAUUGCAAACGUUUACGCGAAUGCAGAACAAAUAAUGAACUGCGAUAUGUUAUAAUUAAUUAA